CAGAGAGAGAGAGAGAGAGAGAGAAAGGGGACCCACUUCUUCAGGUUCCCUCCAUCUUGACAGACCUUUCCUCCAUCUCUCCAAAGCGAAGAGACACUCAGCCAUGACCAUGCAGAUCGCGGUGGUGGUGCUGGUGCUGGUUGGGUCUGUGACGGCCUGGCCAAUCAACUCACCUGACCUCAAAAUAGCAGGCACAAGGGACGUGUUCGUAGGGCGGUGCGGGGAGGCCGGGGACGUCACCAUCCUCCCCAGCGAGACCCUCAACGUCAUCCUCAACGCCCCUGACUCGACCGAGGACUGUGAGAUCCUUCUUCGGGUGUCCAUCAAGGACGACCACCUCACCAAGUACGGCCUCCAAGUCUCGGGUCACCUGCGACUUGAGGACGACGACUGCUCGGCCUCGUCUCUCGUCCUUCAGGAUAACGACGACGAGACAGACGAAGCCGCCAUUUCAGAGACAUUCUGCGGCACCAGCCCGGUCAGCUACAACACAGUGGAGGACGUGGUCAUCUUCACCUUCCUGCACCGGGGCCAUGGCAGGGAGGAGGCGGGUGGAUCGGAUGGGCUAGCUGUUACCGUGGCCCCGAAACUGGUGUGCGGGGGUGUGGUGCCGUCCAAUGCCACCCUCACCAUACCGGACUACAGCUUCCAGGCGCCCUAUGUCUGCAACUGGCGUCUCGUGCCCGGUGAGGGGCAGAGGACCCGUGUCACCUUCCAAGAGUUCAGCCUGAAGCCGCCCAGGAAGCAGAAGUGCACCUCGGACUGCCUCUACUUCGUGCCGGCCGACAUGGAGCACUACUGCGGCACUCAGCUCCUCGAUAGCACCAAGGAACUGCCGGGCCAGAACCUGAUGUCUCUACGUGUGAAUAGCGCCACCACGAAAUUCAGCUGCACGGUGGAGUAUAUAGACGCUGAGUAAGGACCGGACCAAGCAUGUGAUUUGGACCUCCACUGCCUGAGUUCACAAGGGUAGCAAGCAAGGAAUAAAGACUGAGGUGAUGACGCAACAAUCGACAGCCUUCAGGUAAACGUGUCGGUUCUAGAAUGGCCCUGUAAAGGUAGACUGUAACCCCUUGUGUCCUAUAAGGCUGCCUGGGGAGGUAAAUAACUUUGCUUUACAUAUGGCAAGGAAUAUAGACUGAGGUGAUGACGUAACAAUCGACAGCCUUCAGGUAAACGUAACAGCUUUAUAGAAUGGCCCUGUAAAGGUAGACUGUCCUAAGGUUGCCAGGGGAGGUAAAUGCCCUUGCUUUACAUACGGCAUUGAUAGCGUAUAUAUAUGAGGAAAAAUGCCAAUGAAAUAAUCCUUUUCAUUCCGUACAUUCUUCCCAAUAGAUCUUUUUCCCUCCCCUUUCCUUUCCUUCCCUUCCCUUCCCUUUCUUUCCCUUCCCUAAAAUGUUGGCACUAAUACAAUGAUCUUUACAUAUGAAAACAGUGUCUACAUGUACCUACUGGAAAGCCUU